AUGGGCGAUGACGAUUUACAAAUGAGAGGCAAAUAUGCGGCAGCAACCAUUAGAGCGGUCUUCGAGUCCAUCCUGACAACACAUUUCGGAGAAGAAAUCAUGGAUGGCUUGUUUGAGAAGUUUGCUAGCAAAGUUUCACAAUCAAUCCCAAGCUUUUAUGAGGAGUUGAGAAGAGAGAAGGGAGGAGAUUUUGGGCCUUGUUUCACAACAGCAAUGCCCGGGAAUUUCUAUGGGAGGUUGUUCCCUAACCGUUCUCUUCAUUUCAUACAUUCUUCAUAUGGUGUCCACUGGCGCUCUCAGGUGCCCUGCAACUUCGUCAGUGAGUUUGGAUCGCCCUUAAAUAAAGGCAAUGCCAAGCCCCAAGAGCGUACUCAAGGUAUACUUGGACCUUUUCAAGAGGGAUAUGACUUUGUUCCUCAUGUCUCGUUCGGAAGAGUUAGGGGUCUAAUCGAAGAGGAAAAACUAGAUAAUUGCAACGUGCCCUGUUACCUACCUACUCCCGAAGAAGUUAGGCAUGUGAUUCAAGAGGAGGGCUCAUUUCACAUCACCAGAGUCCAAGCGUUUAAAGUCACGUGGGACGCUGAAAUGGGCGACGGUGAUGUACAAGUGAGAGGCAAAUAUGUGGCAGCAAGCAUGAGGGCAAACACAGAGUCCAUCCUGGCAAUGCAUUUCGGAGAAGUCAUGGAUGGCUUGUUUGAGAGGUUUGCAAGGAAAGUUUCACAGUACACGGAACUACAUAUAGGAAAAUAUUUCAGCAUCCUAGUUUCAAUCAAGAACAGAUGA